AUGGUUGCCAUAGAUCAGUCAUCUCGUAUUCUCGUGUUUGCUAGAGCGGAUGAUGAUGAUUCUUGCGCUCGCCCUACCACGGACGAUAAUGGAGACGUCUUAAGCAUUGGCAUCACGACACACACGCUAUUGAAGAUUCUCUCGGCUGUCUUUCUCGGCCUGACUGUUCUCAACAGCAUAAUUCACAUUACGCGACAUCUUACCAGAUACACCGCUCCAAUUCAGCAGCGACAAAUUAUCCGGAUAAUCUUGGUCCCUACCGUCUUUGCCAUAUUCUCUUUUCUUUCUGUACUAUUCUAUCAGACGUCCAUAUACUUGCGUCCAUUGGCUGAAAUCUACGAAUCCAUCGCUAUUCCCGCAAUCUUCAUACUCUACGUUCAUUACGUUUUCCCCGGUAGCCACUCAUGGCGGGAACUUUUUUAUCGGCUUGAAGAUCCAUAUAGUAGAGAGGCCAGCAUUGCUGGCGGCGAUGUGACUUGGUUCAAACGCACCUGCGUCUUUGUUUUCCAAUACCCAAUCUCAAAAACAGCUUCUUCGAUUGUGGAGAUUGCCACGCAAGGCGCUGGAGUGUACUGCGUCAACUCGCUGGCUCCGCGCCAUGCACAUCUUUGGUGCGAGAUCAUAAAUGUUCUGUCAAUUGUGUUGGCCGUACCGCAUGUCAUUCGCUUCGAGCGCCGAAUGAAGGAACACAUUGAUCCAAAUCACAAGCCUGGAGUCAAACUGUGGACCUUUAAAGGUUUUGUUUUCCUUCAGUUUGUACAGUUGAUCCUCUUUGGGUUACUGAAUGGCCGACUCUCUCACCCAACUGCGUCCAUUACUUUCAAUGACCUGUAUUAUGGUAUUCCUGCUACUCUGACCUGUAUAGAGGCAUGGAUUUUCACGAUUAUUUUUAUGUGGUCUUUCUCAACGAAAGAGUAUGCGCCCAAAAACAUUGAUGGACAAUGCCAUCGUAUGCCCUUUUGGCGCGCGCUUCUGGACUCUCUCAAUAUUGCAGACCUUGUUGGAGCAAUAGCCACAUUGAUCCGUAUUCUGAUGGAAGGAAAUUGGCAACCGGUUAGAGAAGACCAAAACGGUGGCGAAAGAAAGUGA